AUGUCGACCUCGCCCGAUGACAUCAAGGAGGCCCCUCCUGGCUACACCAAUGAAGCCCCUACUCCUGAGACUGAGAAGGCUGAGCUUGAAGAUCGCUACGAGGUCUUCAAGAGAGGUGAGGGCCAAGUCGAUUUUCGUACCGUGAGCUGGAUCCGAGCAGGAAUCAUCUUCUUGAAGAUCAUUUUCGCGACCGGCGUGCUCUCUAUUCCAUCGCUGAUGUACGAGCUCGGCGCCUUCCCCGGCGCUGUCAACGUCAUCGGAUGGACUCUCCUCAACACUUACUGCGCCAUUGUGCAGGGCAACUUUCGCAACCGCUAUCCCGGCUGCCAUUCCAUCGCCGAUAUGGCUCAGGUGGUUGGUGGUCCAAUAGUCAAAGAGCUGGUCGGAUUCCUUUUCACAGUCAGUUACGUGAUUGUGGCUGCAUCCGGCAUUAUCGGCGUGUCGACUGCCUUCAAUGCGCUCUCGCUGCACUCUAUCUGCACUGUCUGGUUCAGCUUCAUCGCGACUAUCAUCAUAGCUGGAUGCGCCAGUGUGCGCAAAUUCUCGCACAUUGGCUGGUUAACCUGGGUUGGCUUUGCCAGUGUGUAUAUUGCUGUCUUUAUUAUUGUGAUUGGUGUUACAACGAGAGAUCGCCCUGCUGCGGCACCACAGACAGGCGAUUAUGAUUUUGGGUACCAGGUGAUUGGCCACCCUAGCUUUACGACUGGGAUUAGUGCCGCAGCGACGAUUUUUGUAUCGAGCGCCGCGACCUCGGCAUUCUUGCCCGUCAUUUCGGAAAUGCGCAAGCCCAAGGACUACCCAAAAGCCGUCUAUCUCAGCAUGAGUCUGGUGACUGCAUCGUACUUGACAUUCAGCCUUGUGAUCUAUGCUUGGUGCGGGAAAUGGAUCGCGUCACCCUCUCUCGGCAGCGCAGGAACUACUGUGAAACGCAUCGCAUAUGGGAUCGCACUACCGGGUCUGAUCAUCAGUGGCUGUCUAUAUGUGCAUGUGGCGGCCAAGUACUUGUUCGUACGGAUCCUGCGUAACUCGCGUCAUUUGCAGGCGAACACGGUGGUGCAUUGGGGUACGUGGCUGAGCUGCACAAUUGGCAUGUCUGCCAUAUCCUUCGUCUUGGCAUGCGCGAUUCCGAUAUUUAACUAUGUGCUGGCUCUUGUGGGUGCAUUGUGUUUUGCACCCCUGGCUAUCAGUCUCCCGGGGUGGUUAUGGCUCUAUAGCCAUGGGGAGUAUUUGAAGGGCAAUAUCUUGCGGAAGGCAAUGUAUGCAGUACAUGUCCUUCUCGUCUUAUUAGGGCUAUUUAUGGCCGUGGGAGGUACCUACGGGGUCAUUGUCCAGAUCAACCAGGCGUAUGCCGAUGGGCAAAUAUCGUCGGCAUUUUCAUGCGCCGACAACAGUGGAUCGACUUAA